CAAUUAUCAUAGCAGUGCAGCUCAAAUCAUUAAUUAUUUCUAAAAAUAGUACAAAGCUAUCGAACUUAAUCGCUUAAGGUAUCUUAGUUUAUUUUUGUACCGCUUUAAAUAGAUACCGAGAGAGAAAACGGUUUGGUAAAUCGUGGCUAUUUUCUAUAACGUACAGCGGUAGAUAUCUGUAUCGUGGUAGUUUUAUAGGGGAAACAAUGCCAGAGGUUCUCAUAAAGCAUCGAUAUCUUGGAGGUUGUGAUUUUUCGUGGGUUGUGUAAUGGUAGGGUGGUAGUAUAAUGUGCGAAGAUAAGGAGGAGGUCCGCAGCGAGGCGGGCGCCGCCAGCCCGCGCCGCCUGUGCUGGUCGCGCCGCCCGCCGGCGCCGCUGCCCGACACGCGCGGCCUCUGCUGCGCCAAGCUGCUCCGCAAGAACGGCAAGCCUAAGAAGGUGCUGAUGUUCCCAGAAGAGGGGUGGGCGCGCAGUGCUUCCUCCUCCUACUGGACCCUGCAGCCGUGCUGGUGGCGCCGGUCACGUUGCAAGGUCGUCGAGGUCGCCGGAACCAGGCGGCACAGCACUCACGCUCGCAUGGUGAUAAGCGGCGCCAACGCGGUCUACAUAGUGGGCACUUUCAAGCACAUGGGGACUGACGCUGACUUUAAGUUAUACCUGACGACGAACGUGACGCAGGCAGACUUCAACAUGGGCUACACGAUGACGGGCACGCUGGAGCGAGGCAGUCGCUCCUCCAACACCUUCCAGAUGACGCACUUCGCGGUGCUGCGCCGCUGCGACCAUGAUGCACAUCAUCUCAAGAACGCCUAGCUCUAGAUAUACUGGCUGAAAUAUUUGUCUGAUUGACAGGAACGCCAAUGGCCGUUGAUUUUCAAAUAAAGAAUCCCUUUUUCGAUAUCUGACAGAAUUCGAUGAGACAAGAAUGUUAUUCUAUUAUUUACUCCAUAACAUGUACACAAAGAAUUUCUAUGUAAUUUAAUUAACAAAGCUGUUGGUUCGAAACUAUAAGAACUAAUCUAUUUAUUUGCAUAAUUCUAAACAAGUAAAUCUGGUGAGCUUAUUAAUCAAAUUUAAUCAACGAUAAAUAUUUUACAUCAAAAUCAUUGUAGGUGUCGGUCUCGAAUAGAUUGCUAGUCAUUAUUAUAAGAUUAUAUUGCCAAGCGAUAUUGUGAUCUCGAAUUUUAGAUGUUAGACUUUAAGUAGUGACAUUUUCUAAUUCGGUGUCUAGAUUCUAGUUAUCGUCUAGAUUUUUCUAAUUACUUAGCAUAAUAUUUAGGCAUGGAUUACAGUUGUAGAUGUAAAUAAUUUACUUUUAACAUGUACAGCCGCUUUUAGUGUUAGAAGUAGAAACAUUUAUUAAUUAUUUUUAUAAAAAAUCUAGUUCUUAUCUAGUCAUUAUGUAGAACUUAAUUGUAUUUUUUUCUAUUGUGUAGGUAGUUGAUUCCAAUGUCAGCAUUUGUAAGGGUAACUUCGAAUAAGUAGGAUGUAAACUGCGUGUUUUGAACGUAACCUUCUUUGUCUAAACACGAUGUAAAAUGUAAGCCAGGAGUCACAUGUACCUGCUUAAAAACAUGUUAACUUUUAAUGUAAGCUAAUAUUUUGCAAUGUUUAAUGCUAAUGCAUUAUUUUUAAAAGUUUCCAGCUCAUCGAAAAUAUUUUUCAUAAGUCAAACGAAAUUCAUUUAAAAAUGGCUGUGAGCGGAAUUCUGGUGUAGCUCCCCCACGGUUCGCUGAACAAAAUAAUAAUAUAUUGGUCCGACGUACAUCGGCCGGACUCGCUGCCCUACAUACCGCAAAAUAUUAAGAUAUUUUGUUGAUGGCCGCACCUUACUAUUGAAUCGUGUGUUACAUGUGUAACACCUUUCAUAUUGCGAAGCGUAGAAUAUAAUCGAUAGCUAGCAGUGUGUUCAAGUAUGUAAGAACCGCGCGCCGUCAGCCCUAUCGCUAAGUUCCUCUACCGAAAGUAUUACACUAAGUAGCACAUACUUAAGUUUUAAUUAGUCUACUCUAAGUAUAAGUACGUGUUAACGAUAAGGUAUUAAUUGUAAAAGGGUGGUAUAACACAAACGUCCAGUAUCGCACUCCCUCCAGUGUUUACACACAUCAUUUUUGUACAAAGUUACGAGUGUUUUAUAGCUACUAUUCGGCUAUAUUUACUAGUGUACGGUAGAGUGCAUUUAACAGAUUUUACUCGCCUCGUAAUCGUGAAUUUUAUUCUACUCGUAUUUCGAAAUGUUUUUGCCGACCGUACAUAGGCCUAUUUUCUGAUAUCCGCGAACUAUUUCAUGAUAAUAAAAUCCAUUUUACAAUAAAGCUUUUGUAGUCCAAUGACUUAACAUCCAUUAGGCAAUAUCUAUCAGAAUUGGAAAUUGGGAAAAUAUGUUUUGUUUGUAGAUAAUAAUAAUGCCUGGUAGCGAGUAAAGUCUGUUAAUAUUCUGCUUUCAUUGGCUUUCAUCAAACAUUUUAAAUGACGGAUAGUUCUUGCCAUUAGAAGGAACACAAAUACGUAGUCCGUUUCAUCCACUUUAUUAAACUCCACUGAUGUGGUUUAAGUAUUUUAAUAUACGUAACUUUCACCAUAGUUUACUUAAUGAAGAUGAUAAUUCUGGUAGACCGCGGGGAUUUCAGAUACCUAUCAUCGGUUACAAAAUUUACAAAUAAAGCCAUGCUACAUACUUAUAUGUAGAUAUUGAUGGUACCGAGUUGGCAUUAUUUUGUGACACAAUAGUUUGACAUUUAUAAAAAUUAUUGAACGAAUAAAAAAACAUCACACUCGUAUUUAACACGGUACCUAUACCUUCGCUCGAUUUUGAACUGAAAAAUGGCGGCGCUAACAUUCUCACGUAGACACAUAAUUUAGGAUCUCACUGUGAUCCCCGACUACUAAAUAAUGAGCUCACGCGAAAAACUUAUCGUCCUAAAUCACUAAAGAUAGCGCACAUUAUUCAUACCCCUUCGUUGAGUUAAUAGCGAUGCAAUUUAUUUAUUAAUAUUGGCUACAUAGAAAACUAAUCUGCAAUGAUAAUUCUGUUGGCUCUACAUAAAUAUGCAAAUCAUACACCCGCUACAAAUCCCUCUUGGGGAACAAACGGUUUCCCUCCUCAAGUAUUGGGCUCACGAUCCUUAUUGCCUAAGGCUAAGUGUCCACCUGCGGAGAUGACGAAGCUCUGACAAACGUCCAAUUCCUCUUUUCAGCGCGUUUGGACAUUUGGACAAAUGUCCGAGCAACUUAAAUCGAUCGCUACAAAGAAUUCCACAUUUUAUGUUGCGAAGCAUUUGUCCAAAUGCCUGAAUGUUUGAAAGGCAUACUUUGGUUGUGAACAUUUUGUGUUUCCAAAAUACGUAAACUAAGAAAAUACAUUUAGCAGCUUCCUCUUGCUCAUUAUUCAUGACUUCUCUUAAACUAUUCGUAAUUACAUUUAAAUGUAUUAAAGUAUUAGUGUAAAGCAAGUGCCAAAGACAAUUUAGGGAGCUUUUAUCAUAAGUUUCGAUUUGAUAUUAAGUGAUGAUGAUGUAAAUAAAAAUUCGCUUCAAAUUUUAAAUGUUGUCUUUCGUAUAUCGG